AUGAAGUUAUUUUCAACAUCUUACCUUAAGCCAAUAAAUUCUCAUCGUCAUUCCAACCGCCCUGCCAUCAUUCCAACCGGCCUGCCAUCAUUCCAACCAGCCUGCCAUCAUUCCAACCGCCCUGCCAUCAUUCCAACCGCCCUGCCAUCAUUCCAACCAGCUUGCCAUCAUUCCAACCAGCCUGCCAUCAUUCCAACCGCCCUGCCAUCAUUCCAACCGCCCUGCCAUCAUUCCAACCGGCCUGCCAUCAUUCCAACCAGCCUGCCAUCAUUCCAACCAGCCUGCCAUCAUUCCAACCAGCCUGCCAUCAUUCCAACCGGCCUGCCAUCAUUCCAACCGGCCUGCCAUCAUUCCAACCAGCCUGCCAUCAUUCCAACCGCCCUGCCAUCAUUCCAACCGCCCUGCCAUCAUUCCAACCGGCCUGCCAUCAUUCCAACCAGCCUGCCAUCAUUCCAACCAGCCUGCCAUCAUUCCAACCAGCCUGCCAUCAUUCCAACCGGCCUGCCAUCAUUCCAACCGGCCUGUCAUCAUUCCAACCGCCCUGCCAUCAUUCCAACUGGCCUGCCAUCAUUCCAACCGGCCUGCCAUCAUUCCAACAGGCCAGCCAUCAUUCCAACCGGCCAGCCAUCAUUUCAACCGCCCUGCCAUCAUUCCAACCGCCCUGCCCUCAUUACAACCGUCCUGCCAUAA